AAAGUUAAGUAACUAGCAAUGGCCACGAGUUCUUCCCAAACACUUGCGCUUCAGAGAAAUUCCAGUGAGCAGAACCGUUUCAUGGAGAAAUUAAUGGCGAAAAUAUUUAGCUUCUUCGACGAGCAGUCUCUAAUCGAUGUGACAUUUAAAGUGUCAAACCCAACAGCUCUUGUACCCGCGCAUCGUUUGAUACUCGCAGCAGCGAGUCCUUACUUCGAGAAUCUUUUCAAUUGCAAUCAAGGCACUAAUCCAGUCAUCGAGAUAAAUGAUAUCGAUAGCGAUAUUUUUGAGCGUCUAAUAACCUUUUGUUACACCGGAGAGGCCUCCAUUACCGUUAAUAAUGUCGCUGCCAUGCUAAAUGCUGCAAUCGUUUUGCAAAUGGACGAUGCCAAAACCCAUAUUGUGGACUACCUCAUGACACGUAUCGAUGACUACACCUUGCAGGCUGCUUAUACGUUGGAGAAUGAAACGAAAUGUGAAGUUCUUAAGCAGAAACUCAUCGAAUACGAGACACAGAACUUCAUGGAGAUCAGCCAAAGCGAUGAGUUUUUGAAUUUUGAUGCAGAAAAAUUGCAACGUAUCCUGGUAUCUGACAAUUUGAACAUAACCCGUGAGGAAGAUGCUUACGAUGCCAUCCACAGCUGGUACAAUUACGAUGCCCCUGCGCGUCAAGAACAACUGCCACUUUUAAUAGCUUGUCUCCGUCUUACUCAAUUCAAAGUGGACUUUCUGAUUACACACAUACAGCCGUUACCUGGAUGUGAGCUACUGGUCUUCAAGGCGUUAUCGUGGAUCGGAGUGCCUACAGCACGGCCAAUGAUAAAUACGCGAUUUACAGAACCACGUUUGGUCAGUACUGCAAAUUGUGAUGAGAAAACAAUCCUAGCGCUUUGCGCAGAGGUAAACGAGCUGAAUCCCAAACUACAGCAAUAUAACAAAACUGAGGAUAAGUGGCAGGAAUAUGCGAGUAUAAAAAUCGAUUACGGAUUUUUGCUGGGACAUAUUGUCCCAGUAGGGGCGAAAGGGUUAAAGGAUGAUAAUUUAUUAUUUAUUGGCGGUUAUAAAAAUGGUGUCACAGUUAACACCGUCCGCAGCUGGAAUAUACGAAUUAAGACAUGGCAAAAUUUGCCCGCCAUGAACCAAGCAAGAGGCUUACACUGCGUUGUCGAAUUAAAUGGCAAAAUCUAUGCGAUUGGUGGUUUUGAUGGUACUAAUGUUUUGUCGUCGGUGGAAAGAUAUACGACUUCCGAUGGUUGGAAGUCCGUUAACAGAUUAAUUGUUGGACGAGAUUGCGCCAGUGCAGUGAUCUUGAAUGGUAAAAUUUAUACAAUAGGCGGUUAUAAUGGCAAUGGGGAUUUAAAAUCCGUUGAAUGCUACAAUGCGGAAUCGAAUACUUGGACUUCUUGCGCGGAUAUGACAAAUAGUCACUUUUUACCUGGUGUAGCAGCACAUAAUGGUCAGAUUUAUGUUUUAAGCCGUAGAGGUGCUGAGCGUUACGAUCCUCAGCAAGACUCAUGGUCACAGAUUUGCUCAUUGGAAGUUUUCUAUUGUUAUAUAUCUUGCGUAUCGCUAGACAAUAAACUGUGGGCUAUUGGUGGCAAGUCUAAAUCUGCUGACAAGUCAUGUGUAUCAGUUUUUGAUGAAGAAAAUUCCCGUUGGAUAGAAAGGUGCUCGUUACCCAAAAGUUAUGUGCGUAACUGUUUUGUUGUGCCUGAAUCCUUACUGUCGUCGAUUGUACCCGCGCAUCGUUUGAUACUCGCAGCAGCGAGUCCUUAUUUCGAGAAGCUUUUCGAGAAUAAUCGAGAUACUAAUGCAGUCAUCGAAAUAAAUGGUAUCGAUAGCGAUAUUUUUGAGCGUCUAAUAACCUUUUGUUACACUGGACAGGCCUCCAUUACCGUUAAUAAUGUCGCUGCCAUGCUAAAUGCUGCAAUCGUGUUGCAAAUGGACGAUGCCAAAAUCCGUAUUGUGGACUCCCUCAUGACACGUAUCGAUGACUACACCUUGCAGGCUGUUUAUACGUUGGAGCAUGAAACGAAAUGUGAAGUUCUUAGGCAGAAAAUCAUCGAAUACGAGACACAGAACUUCAUGGAGACCAGCCGAAGCGAUGAGUUUUUGAAUUUUGAUGUAGAAAAAUUGCAACGUAUCCUGGUAUCUGACAAUUUGAAUAUAACCCGUGAGGAAGAUGCCUACGAUGCCAUACAACGCUGGUACAAUUACGAUGUUCCUGCGCGUCAAGAGCAACUGCCACUUUUAAUAGCUUGUCUCCGGCUUACUCAAUUCAAUAUGAAUCCCAAACUGCAGCAAUAUAACAAAACUGAGGAUAAGUGGCAGGAAUAUGGGAAUAUAAAAAUCGAUUACGAACAGUACAGAACUAUUUUAAAGAAUGAUAAUUUAUUAUUUAUUGGCGGUUGGAAAAGUGGUGCCAUACUUAACGUCGUCCGCAGCUGGAAUAUACGAAAUAAGACAUGGCAGAAUUUGCCCGCCAUGAACCAAGCAAGAUUCCUACACUGCGUUGUCGAAUUAAAUGGCAAAAUCUACGCGAUUGGUGGUUUUGAUGAUACUAAUGCUUUGUCGUCGGUGGAAAGAUAUACGACUUCCGAUGGUUGGGUGUUUGUGACCAGCUUAAUUGUUGGACGAAAUAACGCAGGUGCAGCAACAUCAAAUGGUAAAAUUUACGCAAUGGGCGGUUAUAAUAACAAUGGAGGUUUAAAAUCCGUCGAAUGCUACAAUCCGGAUUCGAAUACUUGGACUUCUUGCGCUGAUAUGACAAAAUGUCACAGUUUACCUUGUGUAGCUGCACAUAAAGGUCAUAUUUAUGUUUUAAGCCAUAAAGGUGCUGAACGUUACGAUCCUCAGCAAGACACAUGGUCACAGAUUAUCUCUUUGGAAGUUGGUCCUGGUUUGAUUACUUUCGUAUCGCUGGACAAUAAACUAUUGGCUAUUGGUGGAAAGUCUAAAUCUGCUGACAAGUCAUGUGUAUCAGUCUUUGAUGAAGAAAAUUCCUGUUGGGUAGAAAGGGGCUCAUUACCCAAAAAUGUAGUUCAUAACUCUUUUGUUGUGGCUGAAUCCUUGCUGUCGUCGAUGUGA